AUGUUAACUUCAGAUCAAGAUGAGCAAGACUUAUCACAAUCUUAUGAGACUAGUUCUGAGAAGGAACUUAAAUCUAAUCAGCAUAAUGAAGUUAUUAUCAAGUUGGAUAAAAAUAUAAUUGUAAAAUAG